GCUGAGACCGAAGCAAGUCUGAUGUCAGUGACUGGAUUAAUUAAGUCCACCAAAGCAGUUCAAACUGCUUCGAAAAACAGCCCCCCUGCCUGUUUAUCACAAUAUUUCUCUUAAUGGGUGUGGUCAUUUAAGAACCUGACAUUCGAGUCGAGGUGUGGUCUCGUAUGUGAACUGCAGGCUGUGAACCGCUUAACACUUCUGCGUGAGAGCUCGUCUUUGCUUUUUACCUGUACUGGAGACAACUUUCAGCAUCAACACGCAGAGUUGUUAAGAACACACGGUCUUCAUUUGCUGACAAAAUGAGCGAUGGACUUUCACUCACAGAUGCUCUGGGUGGGGAUCAACCAAGUGCUGGGCAAGCACAGAACAGCCCCUGGCCAGGCCAGCAGAGUGGCAGUGGGGGGCAGCCUGCUUGGCCUGGGCAACCCGGUCAACCAGCCUGGCCCGGGCAACCCGGUCAACCAGCCUGGCCCGGGCAACCCGGUCAACCAGCCUGGACUGGGCAACCCGGUCAACCAGCCUGGCCCGGGCAACCUGGUCAACCCAAUCAGCCAGGCUGGCCCAGUCAGCCCAAUCAGCCAGGCUGGCCCGGGCAACCUGGUCAACCUAAUCAACCAGCCUGGCCUGGUCAGCCAGCGUGGCCUGGGCAGCCUGGCCAGCAAGGUUGGCCAGGACAGCCUCCUCAGCCCACACCACCUGGGAACCCUGGAGAACAGCCAUGGUCAGGGGCGCCCGCUGCCCCUGUGAGUGGGCCCUUGUCUGUGCCGUAUACCCUGGAACUGCCCAGAGGAAUCUACGACAAGAUGUUGAUAACCAUCACUGGGGAGAUCAAGCCUAACCCUAAAAUGAUUACCUUAGACUUCCACAGAGACAAAGACAUCGCCCUUCACAUCAACCCGCGCUUCAACGACCAUGGGAAGAAGGUGAUAGUGAGGAACUCUCUGAUUGGCGACCGGUGGGGCCACGAGGAGAGGCAUAUUCGAGGAAACUACCCCUUUGUGGAGGGAAAGCCUUUUGAGAUGAAGAUCCUCUGCACCACAGACGAAUUCAAGAUAGCGGUCAACAAGGCUCACGUUCUGGAGUUCAAGUAUCGCAUACGAGACCUUCACAAGAUCAACAAACUGGUCAUCUACAAUGAUCUCACCUUGACCUCGGUGACUGUGGACACACUGACUUGAUGUCCCUGUAGGACAUCACAUUGUUGCUUGGGAGUUUCUAAACUGAAAAUAAGUAAAUCAUUAAAAUGGUUCCUCCUAAUUUUUACAGGGUGUGUAAAUUUAUGUUGCUGCUUUAAGCAACAUUAACAGCUCCAUUUUGUUUUUUGUCUUGUUAAAUGUUGCAGU